AUGAUCAUUCCAACCACACUCACACUCACUUCUAUCUCCUUUUCAAUAAAACAGGGAUCACAACCAUAUCACACCAGUAUUUGGCAGACUACUUUCGUUUAUUGUUGUACUGUAGUCGAAAAUCUCAAUAUUUGCACUAAGUUCAUGUUAACCUUUUGCCACAUGGAACACUCGCGUAUCGCCUGUUCUAGUUUGAAAUAUUUUGACCUUGAAUACUGGAGACCCGGGUUUCUGCUAUGCAGAUGUCGGAAAUCUGUCAGCAUAAAAUACCAAAACACUCUCGUUUAUGUCAUGGCCUAUCUAUCAGCGUUCCUCAUAAGUCACAUUUUCUUGGAAAUCAAAAGGUUUUUCCUUUUUGUUCCGAAUCAGGUUUUGGACGGAACGUUAGAUGGUGGCCGUGUGCUGUGCAUGGAUAACUGGUUUGGCGCAAGGAUUGGGCUAGACUUCUUUUUCCAUCGGAAAAGGGUAGGAUACCCCUGUGUCAUGAAGAACAGUGUUUGGGGUAGGGAGUACAAGAGAGUUGCUACAGUCCUUGCAAGCCAUGGACUCCACAGUAGCACGCCCGGGAAAGGAUCGAUAUCACCUCGAGCUAACAUCACAUCACAUCGAGACAAAGCCAGUAGAUAUUUUCAGAGACAAGCGUUCAACAUCAAACAACAUCAACUCUUUAACCCCUCUGCUAAUUACUUUUACCCAUAG